AGAACUAAUGUGCUGUGACAGACCCCACUUUUCCAAUCAAUAACUCGCCCUAAAUCUGCCAUCUCUCUGCCUGCCAAACACACUCCCACUUCUAAUGGCACAUCAUUUUCUUUAAGGGGGUGUAAUUGCAGACUGUGGAAAGCUGUAGCCCUUUGUGUUCCAACUACGUAGAUACUGUAAAGGAAUCUGAAAGUACAGACGACUACACAGGAAGUGAUGGGGGGCUUUACGCCGGCUCGCCACCAUUUCCAUCACAUUACAGUCUCAGAUAGAACUCACUUCCCUGUUUUAGCUGUUAGAGCAGCGUGUUCAGACAAAUCUGCCACUUUCACUUCAUAAAGCAGUCGGUGCGAGUUUGUCAAGAUGUUUCUUUGACUUCUUGUGAUUUCACUCGUAUGGAUGGAGGACAGAUCAUUGCUACAUGAUGUUUAUGAUAUGAAUGUGGAUCUAAAUUCCUCCAACAUGUCGCUGGAAUCUGGGACUGAGAAGCCGGAGCAGGGACCGGCAGAGUACCGCAUUGCAGGCCUGAUUUUCUACUGCUUCGUCUUCAUCAUAGGAGUCAUAGUUAAUCUCGUUGCUUUAUGGGUGUUUGCCCUGACCACCAAGAAGAGGAACUCAGUCACUGUCUACAUGAUAAACGUAGCAGUGGUGGACCUCACCUUCAUCCUGCUGCUUCCUUUCAGGAUGGUUUACCACCACCAGGACUACUGGCCUUUUGGAAAUCUUUUCUGCCGGAUCAGUGCUGCUCUCACCAUCUUCUACCCCUGCAUGGCUCUGUGGCUGUUUGCUCUGAUCAGCGCCGACCGCUACAUGGCCAUCGUGCAGCCAAAGCACGGCAAGGAGCUGAGGAACAUCCCAAAAGCCGUGGUGGCCAGUUUAGGGGUGUGGGUCAUGACUCUGGGCAGCACCGUGCCUCUGCUCUUCUCUCAGGAAGACCCCGAUCGCCUCUACACCUGCGUCAAGAUGCAAGACAUCAUCUACAUGCGCCAUGACAACGCUGUCAACUUUGUGCGACUCGUCUUUUUCUUCUUGGUGCCCAUUUGUAUAAUGAUCGGCUGCUAUGUAGUCAUCGUGGACAACCUAAUCCACGGCCGCACCUCCAAACUCAAACCUAAAGUGAAGCAGAAGUCCAUCCGGAUCAUCAUCACGCUCAUUAUCCAAGUGUUGGUGUGUUUCGUGCCUUUUCAUGUGUGUUUGGUGCUUCGUUUGCUGGGGAAUGGAGAGGACGGGGGUUUUAGCACAUGGGCAGUCUUCACCACCUUCCUAAUGAACCUGAGCACAGUGCUGGAUAUUAUUCUCUACUACAUCGUCUCCAAGCAGUUCCAGGACAGAGUGAUUAGCGUGAUUCUGUACAGGAACUACCUCCGAAGUGUGAGACGGAAGAGCCGGCACACACACACCGGCAGCGUCCGAUCAAUGAGCAACCUGACCAGCGCCAUGAUAUGAAACAAAGCGUCAAACUUCAUCUCAAAACAGCACUGAUACGUUCCCGUGCACGCUUUUUUUUUUGGGUACAAAGUAACGCUGAAUGCGUCGCCGUGUGCAUGGUUCAUUAUGAAAAGGAUCGAAACUUGCAAUUAAUUUUCAAGGUGUAAUUUACACUCACAGUAUGGGAGUGCUGCUGUUGUGGCAAAAACAUCUGUGUUCAGAGCUGAUUGACUCACCCAUGAGACUUGAGAUGUUUUCUGUGCUUCUUUGCUCUGUUAGACAAAGCAAGAGUGUCUGUGGCUCAGGUGUAACACAUGCAGGCGAAAAUAAGGCUCAUAAUCAUUUAAAACAUAGCCCGCAGUAACUCUCAGUGUGUGCUUUGUUAUGCACAACCAGUCAAACUCUUCUUCCUCACUACGUCAGCCAAGAACUAUAGAAGGCCUGACAGCCUCCACAAGGGGAAACCUACAGGAAACAAUGGUGGGUUUCUCAAAGGUUGCAGCUUUUGUUUGUUUGCUGCGUGAUUAUUUUUAACUCCUCACCUCAGUUUUGCAGAGAUGGAAGUGAGCAAAUCUAACCGUCAGUGCUGCAUGAUGUCAUGCAUAUAUGUGCAGCAAGUGGACCGAGGUGGAUGUUAUUUUAGAACUGUGGAGUUUAAGUCCAACCACUUCGUACAGGACAUGACUGGAACACCGCAAGCGUCAUAAAAAUGUUGUAAAUUUAUCGACCAGGUGAUGGCAGCAUGGCACAGCUAGAUCCCAUCUACCUGCCGGGGAACGGCAGCAAACUGCUUUUCUUCACUUUCAGAAUAGUGAAGGAUUUUCUGCUUAAACUUCUUCCGUAUUUUUGUGCUUUACACUGGACUUUAUAAAGUGAAAUGUCUCCGUUUUUACUGCUGUGAAAUAAUCCACCAUCAUCACACAGAAGUUGUUAACAACAGCUUCCUCAAACUUGAAAUCAGGCUAAAGUGUGUUUAUGGUGCAAUGUGAAGAGUAUUGAUUAGAUGUUAAAUGAUUCAGUCGCUUGGAGUGCAUUUACAGUAACGUGCUCAGGAGAUGUCAGGGAGGCUAUUUACUAGAUUUAAAGCAACCUUAACCUUAAAAGAGAAAACCUUUUCUACUCAGGGGUACUUCAAUGUCAGGUCUCUGCUUGGAGUGUGAGCGCCACGAUGCAAUUUAUUCUCAAUUUAUCCCUCAAAUGACAGACAAGUAAUGACUUAUAACUGGAUGUGUGACAGUUCUGUCCCUGUGAAGAGGCUUCAAAUAAAGAGGAGAAAACCUGUGUUUGAA